ACACCGCACUUUAGAACAGAUUGCUGGUCUUUCUUUCUACUUCUCGAAAUGAACCAGCCAAUAGUUUGCCGCGAGACGGGUGUCAAAGCACAACUUUCCGGGAACUGUGCCUAACCUCUCUACAACACUAACACCGCAGGGGCCCCCUUUUGUUAUUACCAGUUUGAGUUAAAAUUGGAUUAAACCGUUUUGAGGCAAGCUAUGUCAUGCGAUGAAUUCAAAUUGGUGACGUCCAGACGCAGAGGUAAAAAUUCGAAGAGAGCUGCAUCGAAACCAGUACAGUUCAACAAACAGGGAGAGACAGACACCAUAGUCAACAUCGAGAAAGAACUACAGAAAAUUAUCAAUGCGAGGUCUACAUUAGACGAGACACCAUUUAAAGAGGGUGUACAAAAUAUUUUGCAGAAUGCUUUGGAUUUGCGUGGAGAAAUUUCAAUAGCAGAAAUAAUUUGCUAUGGUUUGGGCCACUUUACAGAGUGCAGUAUUGCUCGUUACCAGUUAGCUCUUCUCCUUUCUGUGAAGGAACUUUUUAAAGGGAUUAUUUAUGUUCAUGAUCCCAUCUUCCAUACUUCUGAGGUAAACAUACUCAAGGAAUUAGGUUUCAUUAUCAUUGAGGAGAACGAAGAAGGCAAACGUGAGUUGUCCACGUCUGGCACAACCUUUUUGUAUUUACCACAUUGUCCUAAGCAGCUUGUUAAUAACUUCCUUUGGAAAAACUGGGGCCCUCGUUUAAAAGAUUGUAUAAUUUUUGGCAACAGUUUCUCUUCAAUUGUUGAAAGACAAACCUUGACUGAUCAAAGAUUAACUUAUUUUCUGGCGAAAAUUCAGCCAUACGUUGAAGAAUACCCCAUUGACAACAAUUUCAAAUUUUUGGAUGUUUUCAAUGACACUUCUGUUCAUGUUUUCUCAGAACACAAGCUUUCUCAGUUGCUGCCCACAUUUUGGUCUGAAAACCGAGCAGAGCCAGUAUAUCCUGAUAGCGACCUCGAACUUAUUUUAAAGAAGCCAUGACGUUGCCCAACUCUAUGAGAGUGUUAAAACAAAUAGCAUCGGAGGUUCGUAUGAGUUCAUCAUAUGAAAAAGUCCAUAGUGAAUCUCCAUUGAUGAAGUACGUCCUGGGACAGUACCAUAAGUACAGAGAGACGGACCAGCAGCUA